CCACCGAACAAGUCGCCAUUAUCAAUUCUUCAAGCAAACCAAGACGUCAAUUCCAUUUCUACCCACUCACUCACUCCUGCUUUUGUUUUCCUCCUGCAUUGCUUGCUUCAGAUCUCUGCAUUCAAUCUCUCAAUUUUCUAGGGCUCUGCAUUUAUCCUUUCAUACACAUUGCCUCACUCUCCACUGAUUCAGCUCCGUGCAUUCACUUGAUCGAUGAGAUUGCUGUGAUUUGGUGCCUUGUUUUUUGAUUCACCGAUUCCUCUAAUGGCGGUGGAUUCGGGCCCUGUGACUCCUGGACAGGUGUCGUUUCUGCUUGGUGUAAUUCCAGUUAUUAUCACAUGGAUAUAUUCUGAGUGGUUGGAGUAUAGGAAAUCAUCCUCCCUUUCUAAAGUUCAUUCAGAUAAUAACCUGACUGAACUGGAAAGUGAAGCUGUCAAAGAAGAUGAACGAGCAGUUUUAUUGGAAGGAGGUCUUGCUAAAUCGGCGUCUACAAAAUCAUCCAGUCCAUCUAUAAAGACUAACAUAAUUAGGUUUUUAACCAUGGACGAUGCAUUUUUACUUGAAAAUCGACUACUUUUAAGGGCAAUGGCUGAGUUUGGGGGAAUUUUGUUCUACUUCUACGUAUGUGACCGGACUGAUAUAUUUUCAGAUUCCACCAAGAACUACAACCGCGAUCUGUUUAUUUUUCUGUAUAUACUUCUCAUCAUAACUUCAGCAAUGACUUCUCUCAAGAAGCACCACGAUAAAUCUGCAUUUUCUGGAAAAGCAAUUCUAUACCUUAAUCGCCAUCAGACUGAGGAAUGGAAAGGAUGGAUGCAGGUGCUCUUUUUGAUGUAUCAUUACUUUGCCGCAGCAGAGAUAUACAAUGCAAUUCGCAUUUUUAUUGCUGCAUAUGUUUGGAUGACUGGCUUUGGAAACUUCUCCUAUUAUUAUGUUCGCAAAGAUUUCAGUGUUGCUCGAUUUGCUCAGGUGAUGUUACAAUCUGUCAUUGUUCUUUUUUGCUUUCCUAACAAUUGGUCUAACUUGACUGGGUUCUUAAUGCAGAUGAUGUGGAGGCUCAACUUUUUUGUGGCAUUUUGUUGUAUUGUUCUUAAUAACGACUAUAUGCUGUACUACAUCUGCCCAAUGCAUACCCUUUUCACUCUAAUGGUGUACGGGGCUCUUGGCAUUGGUCACAAGUAUAAUGAUAUAAGAUCAGUCAUGGCUUUGAAGUUCCUGGCGUGCUUUCUCAUAGUUAUCUUUGUAUGGGAAGUUCCUGGUGUUUUUGAAGUUAUAUGGAGUCCUUUCACUUUCCUUUUAGGGUAUAGUGAUCCUGCAAAACCCGAACUUCCUCGACUUCAUGAGUGGCAUUUUAGGUCUGGUCUUGAUCGUUAUAUUUGGAUCAUCGGAAUGAUUUAUGCCUAUUUUCACCCAAAUGUUGAAAAGUUGAUGGAGAAAUUGGAGGAAUCUGAGCUCAAGAGGAGACGUACCAUCAAGACAUCCAUUGUUUCUGUUACCUUAAUCGUUGGCUACCUUUGGUACGAAUACAUUUACAAGCUAGACAAAAUUGCAUACAACAAGUUGCAUCCUUACACAUCAUGGAUUCCCAUAAGUGUCUACAUUUGUUUGCGAAAUUUCAGCCAGAACCUUCGGAACUUUUCCUUGACACUUUUUGCGUGGCUCGGGAAAAUUACUUUGGAGACCUAUAUUUCCCAGUUCCACAUCUGGCUGAGAUCUAAUACGCCCAAUGGACAGCCUAAAUGGUUGCUAUCCUUCAUUCCGGAUUAUCCAAUGCUCAACUUCAUGCUGACAACUGCCAUUUAUAUCUUGAUAUCUUGUCGGCUUUUUGAGCUCACCAAUACACUCAAGUCAGCUUUUAUACCCACAAGAGAUGAUAAGAAACUGCUGUACAACUUUUUUACAGCGGCUGCCAUCUCUGUGUGUUUGUAUUCCAUUUCAUUCAUCCUGGUUCAGAUUUCUCGUUAGUCUGAUUUGGUGCAGAUUUCUACAUAAACAAGCUAAGAAGGCGUAGUAGAAGGCUCGGCUCGGCUCGGCCCGACAUGUAGAAAGGGAAAAGUAGGGAGGCGAUGGUUCAGUACCAGCAAUUUUGUGAGAUAUAGCUGCAUUCCAUUUCUGGGCUCUGAUUGAAGAAUGAUGGGAAUAUCAGUGCUAUUUACAUGUUUAAUGAGAAAAAAAAAACAUGGAAACUGGAAAGUGUAUAUUGUUACACGCACAUUUUAUAUUCAUAUUCUUUGAUUUCUCUUA